UCCAUGUAAAAAAAAAUGGUGUGGUCAAGAAUCAAGGGGGUUUCCAUUAUCUCAGCUGUACACGCAUCUUCUAAAAACGACGAGGUGUCAGCUUACUGUGGAUAUUUAUAACGCUGAAUUCAUGGUGAAUUGGUUUGAUGCCCCCUUCCAAUCCCUCUGCGCUCUAUUGCAGUUGUGUCUGGCCUUUGAACCUUGUGUUCCCUAUAUACAAGAAGGGAGGAGCUUCUAUAUUCUCCAGAACGUUAAUGAAGCUCCAGUUAGAGGGCGAGUCUGUCUCAUCCGAGAGUCUUCCAGGGCCCACCACGGCCCCAAACGAUAACCCAACACCCUCCUGUGCACCAACAGAAAAUACACCAAAGCAGGACCUGAGACCUUCUGCAGUUCUAGUCUAGGGUCCUCACUGUGUUACAAGGACAAGCAUGGCUGACAAACUGGGACUGGCAGGUGUGGUGGAAGAGCCCAGCGCCCUGAACAUCUUCUCUCUGCUGGAGAGGGUGUCCGGGAUCAUAGACAAUGUGCAGGCGUGCCAGCAGCGCAUGGAGGAGAGGCAGCUGGAGCUGGAGAACGCCGUGAAGACCAUCCAGACAGAUGUGGUGAAGCUGACGAAGGAGCACACGGCAACGAGUGGCGCUGUGGAGAAACUUCUGGAGAAAACGCGCAAGGUCAGCUGCCACAUCAAGGAUGUCCGUGUGCGGGUGGAGAAGCAGAACGUACGUGUCAAGAAGGUGGAGGAAACCCAAGUCGAGCUGCUGAACAAGAACAAGUUCCGUGUCGUUAUCUACCAGGGAGAUAAAGAGGUCCCAGCUGUAGCUGGAUCCAAAGCCUCUCUGAAGGGAGCAGUGGGCGGAGACGCUUCCACAGACCCAGAUGCACCAGAGGCCCCGCUCCCAGACUCAGAUAACGAAUACAUGGUCGUUGAGGAGGGCGACUCAUCUACUGCAGCCAAAAUAAAGAAGACCGGCCUGAAGCGUAUCGAAAGCCUGAAGCAGACCUUCUCUCGUGAGAACAUGACUAAGACCAAAGAGAACCUGGGCACUAAGGUCAACAACCUGGGUCAGCGCAUAGUAUCGGCCGAUCGACGUGAGAGGAUCCGCCAGUCCGGGGAGCGGCUGAAACAGUCUGGGGAACGCUUCAAGGAGACCAUCACGAAAACCGUGCCAGCAAAGCUGAACCUGAAGAAGGAAAGGACGGUGGCUGAAGGUCAGGAAGGAGCAGAAGGGACCACGGAAGGAACGGCACCCGUCCCACCACCCAAGGGUCGCAAGCCAAGCCCUGACGUGGCCUACACUGAGCCGACGGAGAAACAAGAAGGUCCAGAGGAGGGCAAGGGCGAGGAAUCGGAAGUGCCGAUGUAUGACAUGAAGCAGCUUUCUUAAAAGGCGAGUCUGACAGUCACAUUUGGGAAAGACUAAUGUUCAGAUAUGAAUUAGAUUAUGGAGAACUUGAAGGUGGAAAGAUUGGGAAGAUCAGAGAUCUUGCUUCUGAGCAUAUGGAUCAGCGGAUUGUGCUUACAACAAUUGAAUGAGCGAAUUGAGGAAGUUGUACACUACAAACAAUAUACAUAGAUUUUUUUCUUUUGAUUUUGUUGUUUACAUCUGUUUCAGACUGCAGUAUGAAGGGUUGUGAAUGUUAAACCAAUGUACUGAGGUGACUAGGCUAUGGUAAUCAGCUAAAAUUAGGGUGCACUCACUGUUUCAUUUUUUUUUGUUUGUUUUUAGUCUUCAUUCUGCCACCUAUGGGUGACGCAUCAUGCAAAAGAGAAGGUUUUUGGAAACAAAUACUCAACCCACACAGAUGUGUUUUACAAUACUACUGAUAGAUAUAAGGUGUGUUUGACAUCAAAGUACCGCCAUAUGCUUUCGAAUCACACUCACUAUAGUGAGCAGUGGUCCGCUGGUCAUGUGAUACCAAUAUGGCGUCCCCCAUGAUGGAAAACGUCUUAUUGUAAGACACUGCAGUCUCUCGCUAUUCUUUAUUAAGGGGUAAAAUGUUUUUGAGGAAAAAUUACUGAGUGCACCUUUUAAGAAAUACAUAUUUAAUUAGCAUUUUAUUGGUUAGGCGUGUGUAAAAUUACUUUAAAUAGCUGAAUUUAUUAAAAAACAAAAAAUGUUCGAAGAUGGGUUACAAAAGUGUGUUUGGGACUUUAUCUGGAGAACUAUAAAUAUAUUGUGGUGUUGACUGACAUCCAUUCUAAUGAGUUUAGAAUUGGGUUUUUCAAUUUAGAUGUUGUUGUUGUUGUCUUUGGAAUAUAACAUUAACUGUGCAGGCAAGUAAUUUAUAACAAUAUUUUUCUGUGAUUUUCUGUGUUGUUCUUUUCUGUGUAAAACAACUUUAGGUAUAAACCAUCACUAUUCAUUUGUAGUAUUUUUAAAUAAACAUGUUAACUCAAUCAGCAGGUUUCUGAACAGUUUGUGAAAGAAAAUGCAUAGCGUGUAUAACUAGUCAACAAGAUUUAUUAUUAAAGAUUUGCAAUCAGUCUGUUGUUUAAAGAUCACAGUGGUAAAAAAACAAAUGCUGCUGUAUGGCAUGUUAUUUCCUAUCAUGCAGGUGUCCAAACUUUUUUAUUAUGGCCAAAUGGAGAAAAAAAAAAGUCAGAGGCCACUUAGUUGUAAUGAGGAUAAAAAGGCUAGACUGCUACCAUGAGAUUGUCUUUCCUGUUUGUUUUAAUCACACUUUGAGCUCUAUAUGAAAUGUUCAUGUGUGAAUAAUAAAGAACGUCACUCAAGAA